UGUGCGCUGCGCCCUCAUGAAAGGCUGUAUGGCGUGAAGCUGUGCCGGGCUCUCCCUGCCAGAGUCACACGCUCCGGCGCGGGUCUGAGCGUCGCGGCGGCCCCGGAGUACAGCAGGUAAGGUGCUCUCACAACCUCUGCUGUGACGGCACUACAACUCAGAGAAGCGAAGUGCUUUGCCCAAAGUCACACAGCCAGAAAGUGGUGGUGUUGAUAGCAGCACUCAGGAAUUAGACUUCUGGGCUCAAGUUCUCCAAAGGUGAGUGGAGGGUCCGUGAGAAGUCAGGACUGUGCACGUGGCAGGCUGGCUCCUCUCUUCUGCGACAAAGAUUACAUGUCCUUCAAACGCCCCUGCCCUUCUCGAUACAACCGUACAACCUACUUCUAUCCUACGUUCUCGGAGAGCCAAGAGCACAGCCACUUGCUGGUGUCUCCAGUGCUGGUGGCUAGUGCUGCAGUGGGUGUGGUCAUCAUCCUCUCCUGCAUCACCAUCAUCGUGGGCAGCAUCCGCCGGGACCGGCAGGCCCGGCUCCAGCGCCGCCGCCGCCACCACCACCGCCAUCACCGCCGGCGUCGCCGCCAUCGGGAGUACGAGCACGGCUAUGUGUCCGACGGACACACCUACAGCCGCUCCAGCCGCAGGAUGCGCUACGCCUGCAACCCUGCUGAGGACUGGCCCCCGGCCCUGGACCUCAGCUCUGAUGGGGAUGUGGAUGCCACGGUGCUCCAAGAGCUGUACCCCGAUUCUCCUCCAGGCUAUGAGGAGUGCAUGGGGCCCGGGGCCACUCAGCUGUACAUCCCCACGGACGCGCCCCCACCCUACUCACUGACCGGCUCCUGCCCCUCUCUGGACGGCGACUUCGACGCGGGCAGCGGCCACAGCCCAGGCCGACACCAGCAGGUGCGGAGGACCCAGGGCCAGAGUGGCCUCCGCACCGUCUCCAUGGACACCCUCCCCCCUUACGAGGCCGUGUGUGGGGUCCCCCGGCUGCCGCUGCCAGGACCAGGGCCCAGGAGCUGCCAGGGCUCCCCUGUCCCGACCCGGGCCCCAGCUUCUGGCCCGGAGAGGACUGGCUGAGCCACCCAGCCAGGCCCUGCCAGCCCCUCGGGGCUGAGCCUUCGGGCACACGGGUGUGCUCACGCACGUGCACACUCAGCUCAUACACACACACACACACACACACACACCCGACACACACCACUCCCCGUGUGCACACACGCCCAGACACGCCCCACGUGUGUGGCCGAGCGUGCACACCCAGGCCCGCCCCACACAAACUCCUCUGCAAAGGUUUCAUCACAGCGAGGCGCUGUGCACCUCUGGUCUCCCCCAGCCUGUGGGUCACACCUCUGUAGGCAACGCUGGGGGAAGAGAGGGGGAGAAGGAACUUGGGCUGGCUCUUCCUUCUCCACCGUCCGUCAGUCUGUGCCCACACUCCGGUUCUGCCUCUAGAAACUGCUCGAGCAUCCCAGGCCCGCCGCCCCCCACCCCCACCCCAGGGGCAGCCGGUCUCCUGGGAGGCCCGGGGGGGGGGGACCCUGCAGCCAUGCGCUGCACCCCCUCCCGGGCAGAAGAGCUACAACAUCACCACCCUGCCACUUUGGUGAGGGACUCGGGUCUGAGGGCUCAGCACAGCCUGGGCCCCCCUCACAGCCUACCUUGUAGCCCCCCCCCCAGUGCCCUCAGUCUGGUGGUGCUAGCGGAGUUAUCUCAGAAGCCCCCACCCCAAGCCACAGGCGGGCAGGUGGUGCGGUGGCGGUAGCAGUGGGUAACAGGCGUCCCGGGGCUGACCAGGGACUGAGGGCCUUCGAGGCAGUGAGGGCGCUGGGCACAGCUCUGAGGCCUUGUUAAGCACGUGCCCAGUAGACCGCUGUGGCCUGAACUGAGCCGGCUGGAGAAGGAACCCAGAAGCCGGUGCUGUCCUGGGGGGCAGCACUGAGCGGGGAACCCUGACUGAUGGGUCCGUCCCUGCCCCGGGGGUGUUUGUGCAGAGACGAGGUGUGAGCCCCACGGCCACUGCAGGAGGGCCAGCUGACGGAUGCCACAAGAGGGGGUGGUGGCGUGGCCUGCUUGGAGGGAGGCCUAGACCUCCGUGAACCCCAGCAAUUUCCACGAGAACCCAUGCAGGUGGCGGGGUCUUGCCAGCGGCAGGCGCGGGGACCUCACGUCCGCCCUGCCUCCCUAACAACAGCAUCCCCCCAUUCACCCUCUCCCCCACAUUUCAAUCCUCCAAUGAAGGGCUAUGACAUUUCAGCAAUCCCUUUCUUAAUAAGAGGGGUGGCGAGGACGGCAAUUGUGAAUUUUAUUUUCUGUAGAAAUAGUAUUUCUUCUGGUGCAGAACUGAAAGGGCUCCGUCCAGAGGUCUGGUGGGGUCCAGAAGCCCCGACUCCACGGAGGGGAGGGACCGUGUUUACAAGCAGUUCUGUCCACCUUUGUGGUGUACUGUUUUCUAGGCAAAAAACACCUGUCUGUUGUACUGUAUACCCUUUAAAUGCACUCCAGGAACGAGCCUUCGCAGUGGGGGAAGAUACAAUCCCUGCUUCUUGUCAGUGUUUGAGUGACUGGAGCUAAGCAGCUUUUCUUGUUCCUGGACUAGGCGCUAAAUAAGCAACAAUGUAUCUUUUCUGUGUUACAAAUAAAUAUAUCCUAUCAAUAAAUAUG